ACGCCAGGCGUGCAUAGCCAACACAUCUCUAACUUGCGUUGCAUCCCUAGUUGGUAGCUACCAUUUUGCAAAAGUUUUUGCUCAACACGUGCUCGGCGCUUGAAUUUUAGAUUUAAAACUAUAUCAAAUAAUUGCGAUGGCAGAGGAAUCAUUCUAUGGUGUUACCCUAACCGCAGAAAACAACAGCGUCACCUGGGACGUUGUCGCCGAUGAGGAUUAUGCACGAGGCCAGAAGCUGGUCAUCAAGCAAAUCCUGCUGGGCGCCGAGGCAAAGGAUAAUGAGUUCAACGUGGUCGAGGUGACCACAAUGAAGGAUUCGGUGCAGAUACCGAUUGCCGUGCUGAAGGCUGGCGAGACGCGCGCCGUUAAUCCCGAUGUCGAGUUCUACGAAUCGAAGGUGACAUUCAAGCUGAUUAAGGGCAGCGGACCCGUUUAUAUACACGGCCAGAACAUUAAGGAUGAUGUUGAGGUCGUUGACAUGGAGGAGGAGGAUGAUGAGGACGAUGGCGAGGAUGACGAGAUCGAGCACCCAAAGAAGCGAGCCAAAAUUGAACCGAAUGCCGUCGCCGCCGCCGCCGAUAGCAAAAAUGCCAAGAACCCGAAAAAGAAGUAAACAAAGCCCGAAAAGCAAUUCUCUAAGCUAAAUCUGUAGAUUUUAAAAAAGUGUUUUAGGCCCUAAAAAAACAAACAAAACAAUACAAUUACAAUAUUACAUACUAACGCUAUGUAAAACUACAAUUUAGUUCCUUUCUCGCGCUCUCAGAUCCUCGAAACAUUCAAUUCACAACUAAAACCAACAACUAUGAUUAUAUUGAUGAUAUACGACUAACUAAUACCCUAUGCAAUAAGCCAGAGAUAUUUCCACAAUUAGUCAGCGCUAUGUGAAGCACAUAUUUGUAUAUAAGUACUUACAAUGCGAUUUCUCCAUUUUAUACAAAAACAACAACAAAUAAAACAACAACAACAACAACAAACUGUCGUCGGUAUACAACAAAAA